CGCCGCCAUUUUCACGCCUGUUCAGGAAGAGUAUAGUGUGGUCGCAUCGCGUUCGUCGCCGACCUCUGUAGCCCUGCGCUCGGCUUGCUCCGGCCUCGUUCCCUUCCCCCACGCCCACCAUGGCGUUCUAGAGGCGGCAGCGCCUGCGGCAGCAUCGGCUCUUGCAGCGGCGGCGGCAGCAGCUCCAGGCUCUGCAGCGGCAAACUCCAGCGGCGAAGCCAUGGCGCUUUUCAAGGCAUCUAGCAGCAGCAUUGCUGUCAUCCACGAAAAAGACAUCCAGGACUCCAGUGCAUUCCUGCAACUGACGAAAGCCCUCCAGCAUGACCGACAUGAGCUUCCUGAACAGCGACUCGUUGUGGGGGGACUUGUCCCCCUUCAACCAGUCGGGUUUGGGGGCUGAGGAUUUCCUGAGCCCCCUCGAUGACUACCUGGAGGAGGCCAAGCCCUUCAAAUCGCAUGGGCUCUCCAGCGACAAGGCUAAGGCAGUCUCUCCCGAUUGGCUUACUGUGGACGGUUUAGGCCCCGCCACAGACUAUGGCAAAGAGGAUGCCUUCUCAGGCAUGGAUUGGAUGGUGGAGAAAAUGGACCUGAAGGAGUUUGAUUUCGAUGCCCUCUUGGGUGAAGUCCUGGAAUCCACCUGCCCUGAUCUUUUUGCCACGUUGGAAGACUCGUGUGAUCUGUUCGGCCCCUUGGCCACUAAUGAUAAAGAGUCCCCUUCAACAGUUAAUUCAAUUGCAGUCCCCGAAAAUCUACUUGAAUCUGAUCAUGUUGCCUCGAGUACCUCCCAUCAGUCUUUUCCACUUUAUGUAAGGGCCCUGACCUCCACACCAGACCAUUCAUUUAGUUUAGAUCUAGGUAGUGAAGUGGAUGUCUUGGAAGGAGACAGAAAAUCAGAAACUGUUUAUGGAAUGAUGCCAAAAGGUAUCAAAGAGGAAGAAGCCCCCUCAGAUAGUGAUAGUGGAAUUGGAAUCUGUACAAGUCCUGAGUCCUACCUGGGCUCUCCCCAGCAUAGCCCCUCCACUUCCAUGAGUACUCUGAAUGAGAGCCAGCUCUCUUCUGAUUCUAUUUUUAUUUCUCCCCGCCCUAAACCUUAUGACCGCCCCCUUGAGGAUAAAAAAGAAAAAAAGGUAGAUAAAAAGUUAAAGAAAAUGGAACAAAACAAGACUGCUGCCACACGGUAUAGGCAGAAAAAACGAGCAGAACAGGAGGCAUUAUCUGGGGAGUGCAGAGAGCUAGAACAGAAAAAUGAAGCUUUGAAGGAGAAGGCAGAUGCCCUGAGCAAAGAGAUCCAGUAUUUGAAAGACUUGAUAGAAGAGGUCCGAAAGGCUAAGGAAAAGAGGAAAAAUUCCUAAGUUGUUGGGUAGUCAGAUAUUUGUGUUUGCAUGUAUAUAGGAGUCUUGUGCUGUCUUUAAUAAAUUAUUUUGUAGUAAAAGUUCAA